AUGUCGGAGUCAUUCGCGAGUGUUGAUCCGGAGAUUUUUGCGAAGGUGCAGGAGCAGAUUGAGAAGGACAGUGAGAUCAAGGAGAAAAUAAGGGAAGCACUCAGGAAUCUGGAUAAAGAAGUUCGCAAGAUCAACUCAACACUCUCCCGAAUCCAUAUCGUUCCUGCCGAGCAUGUUCUCAAACUUACCGACAGCGUUGAGGAUGGCUUCAAACAGGUUGCCGUUGAGAUUGGGGGCCUGGUUGAGAUUGUAAAGGAUUACCCUUAUUACAAGUACAAUGGGCUAUGGACCAGGGAUCUACAGAAUACGGCAUUCUUGGUGUUGCUUCACGGAUGGCUCAAGCGGAGUUACGGAACUGCUGAGUCGGGGAACAGCCUUCUUAGCAUUGACGAAGUCGGGGCUGUCCUCGGAGUGCCGGUGAAUUUGAAGACGGAGGAUAGGUUUCACCUGACGAUUGAGGAGUACCUCCACGCCGUGAUCUCUCUUGUUGAUGAGUUGACCCGUCUGACCACCAACGCCGUCACUCAGCGCGAUUUCCUCCGUCCGCUGAUGAUCAACCGCUUUGUUAAGGACAUCCACUCUUCGUUCCAGGUCCUGAACUUGAAGAAUGAUAGCUUGAGAAGAAGAAGUGACAGUUUGAAAUAUAGCGUUAAGAAAGUUGAGGAUGUUAGCUACGACUUAAUGCUGAGGGGUUUGGUACCAGAUGGAACUGAGGAUGCCAAGCAGUCAGAAGACGUAAAAGAGGUUCCUGAGGUAAUUCUUGAGGGGAAGAAGGAGUAG